GCCAGGUUCAGUCCAGACCUUCUGACGCUGGCUCCCAUGGCUGAAUAUGCCAGCCUGUCCUCGGCCCGCCAGAAGUCCCGGGCCCCGCGUGCUUCCCGAAAGGCUGCAGGUACUAAACAGGCAAGUACCUUGAAAGAAGAUGCUUCUAAAAGGAAAGCAGAACUAGAAGAGAUUGUGAGAAGGAAGAUUAAGUUUGAGAGAAAAGCUCUACGUAUUGUUGAACAGCUUUUAGAAGAGAAUAUUACAGAAGAGUUCUUAAAGGAAUGUGGGAAGUUCAUCACACCUGCUCACUACAGCGAUGUUGUAGAUGAACGUUCUAUUAUCAAGCUCUGUGGUUAUCCCUUAUGUCACAACAAGCUAGGAAUUGUACCAAAACAGAAAUAUAAAAUUUCUACCAAAACCAACAAAGUAUAUGAUAUUACUGAAAGAAAGUGUUUCUGCAGCGAUUUUUGUUACAAAGCAUCUAAGUUCUUUGAAGCACAAAUUCCUAAAUCUCCAGUGUGGGUUCGAGAAGAAGAAAGGCAUCCUGAUUUUCAGCUGCUACAGGAAGGACAGAGUGGCCAUUCUGGAGAAGAAGUACAGUUAUGCAGUAAGGCCAUUAAAACAUCAGAUAUUGACAACCCCAGCCAUUUUGAGAAGCAAUAUGAACCGAGUUCUUCUAGCACUCACAGUGAUAGUAGCAGUGAUAAUGAACAAGACUUUGUUUCCUCCAUUCUACCAGAAAACAGACCAAAUGCAAAGGGUAUAAGGCCACAGCUACAGAAAAAAAGCAUCAUGAAAAAGAAAGCUGGUCAAAAAGCUAACUUCAAGCAAGAACACAGAGAACAAACAGUAAUAGAUGUUGCUGAGCAGUUAGGCAAUUGCAGAUUAGAUAAUCAAGAAAAAGUUGCUGCUUGCGAACUUCCUUUACAGAAAGUAAAUAGUCAGAUUUCUUCAAAUAGUCCUUUGCAACAAAAAUUAGAAGCUUCAGAAAUUUCUGAAAAUAAAUACAGUAGUUCAGAAAUAACUCUAGUGGGCAUAAGUAAGAAAAGUGCUGAGCAUUUUAAGCGGAAAUUUGCCAAAUCAAACCAAGUUUCGAGGUCAGCUUCUAGUUCAGUGCAGGUGUGUCCUGAAGUUGCAAAGGCAAACUUACUUAGAGUUCUGAAGGAGACUUUGAUUGAGUGGAGGACUGAAGGAACUUUGAGGUUUUUGAAUGGCCACAAUUGUGCUUUUGCCCCUCUGGUUAAAGAAGAACUUGAUGAAGAUGACAUAAACUCUGACCCAGAGAGUCAUUCUCCUGCCUUCCAGGAAUCUCAGGACCGCUUGGAUGAGUCUUUGCCUUUUAGGGCCUCAGAUGCAGCCAUUAAACCACUGCCAAGUUAUGAGAGCUUGAAAAAAGAAACUGAAACAUUAAACCUAAGGAUCAGAGAGUUUUAUAGAGGGCGAUACAUUUUAAAUGAAGAAACCACCAAAUCACAAGACUCAGAAGAGCAUGAUCCCACCUUUCCACUGAUAGAUUCGAGUUCUCAGAACCAGAUUAGAAGACGCAUCGUACUUGAAAAAUUGAGAAAAGCGUUGCCUGGACUUUUGGGGCCUCUUCAGAUUACAUUAGGAGAUAUUUACACACAACUUAAAAAUCUUGUUCGAACUUUCAGAUUAACAAAUAGAAAUAUUAUACACAAACCUGCAGAAUGGACCUUAAUUGCUGUGGUGUUGCUGUCAUUAUUGACCCCGAUUCUUGGCAUUCAGAAACAUUCUCAAGAAAAUAUGGUGUUUACACAGUUUAUAGCCACCCUGCUUGAAGAAUUGCAUUUAAAGAACGAAGACCUUGAAAAUUUAACCAUCAUAUUUAAACCGGCUGUUAACCAGAGAGGUAUAAUCCAUGAAGAAUGAAUAGAAAAUGAAUUUCUAUACACCAUUUCUGGAACUCUAGCCACAAUAAUUGUCUGUUGGUGACUGACAACUAGCUUUAUUCUGAGCAAAACGUCUACCUUCAUAGAUGUCAACUCCCUGCCUCCUAGUCCCUAACUGUACAGUGACCUCCCAGAUAGAGGAGAAUCAUUAUUCCAACAAGGAUAACCAAGUCCUUGUAUCCCUGGCUAUAAGACAUAGUAUUUUUAUUUGAAAAUAAAAAUUGAAGUCUUAAAUGAA